AUGAACGUUCGCGACCCCUUUGGCUUGCACCGAAACCCAGCCAUUGGCAUCCUGCGCGCGACUGCGACCCAGGCUGCCCUUGACUUCCGCGAGCGAGCCAUCGAGGCGGGCGCCCAGGCGCUCGAGAAAGGAAAAGAGGUUCGGCAGGUCGUGGAGAGUGCCGUCGAGAACGCGCUCGAAACUGCCGCCAACGCGGCCGCCAACGCUGCAGCUACGACUGCCACCAACGACGACAUGGCGUUUUCCGUGCCGCGCAACGUGCCCACGUUCAACGACCCCCAACGGCUAGCAGAGGACCACUUCUGGGCCGCCGCGACGCGGCGACCGGGCGCUGGUGCGAACAACGCAGGGAACAAGGGAAUCAUAGGAGCCGCCGGCAACCUGCUGGACGCCGCGACGGGCGGCCGGAACCGCCAGGCGCUGCCCAUGUACAAGGACAAGCCGUACGGCUACCCGGCGUCGCAGCGCCGCCGGCCGCUGCUCCGGCGCAGACGCUUUUGGGUCCUGCUGGUCCUCGUGCUGGUGUCGAUUUUGUACUACCGCGGCUGGUUCGAGGAGCACAGGGAGCGUGUGCCGCUGCGCGGGUGGACAUGGUCGACCAAGGACGAGAAGGCGCGCGGGCGCGUGGACUGGCUGAGCCGGCGCGAGCGCGUGGUCGAGGCCUUUGAGCUGAGCUGGGACGCCUACGAGCGGUAUGCAUGGGGCCAGGACGAGUUCUAUCCCGAAUCCAAGCGCGGCCGGUACAUGGCCCCUCAGGGCAUGGGCUGGAUCAUUAUCGACUCGCUGGACACCAUGAUGCUGAUGAACCUGACGGGACGGCUCGCACACGCCCGCGAGUGGGUGUCCAAGUCCCUGACGUGGGACCAGGACCAGGACGUCAACACCUUUGAGACGACCAUCCGCAUGAUGGGCGGCCUCCUGUCCGCCCACUACUUGUCCAACGAGUACCCGGACAUGGCGCCCCUGAGCGAGAAGCAGCUCGCCAGCACGGGCGGCGAGGACCUCUACCUCGAGAAGGCCAAGGACCUGGCCGACCGGCUGGUGUCGGCGUUUGACAGCCCCACGGGUCUGCCGUGGUCGAGCGUCAACAUUGGAAAGUCCGAGCCGCUGCCGGCGCACGACAACUCCGGAUCGGCAUCCACCGCCGAGGCGACGACGCUGCAGCUGGAGUUCAAGUACCUGGCCAAGCUGACCGGCGAGAAGCUCUUCUGGGACAAGGUCGAGCAUGUGAUGGAGGUGGUGGACGAGGGCAGCCGUGCGUUUGAGGGUCUCGUUCCGAUUUUCAUCAACCCUGCGACGGGCUCCUUCAUGGGCCAGAACAUCCGUCUGGGCAGCCGCGGCGACUCCUACUACGAAUACCUCAUCAAGCAGUACCUGCAGACCAACAAGAAGGAGACGGUCUACCAGGACAUGUGGCAGGAAGCCCUGGCGGCGGUCCGGAAGCAUCUCAUCACGUACACGGAGCACAUGCAGUUCACCAUUAUCGGCGAGCGGCCCGACGGCCUGCUGCGCCCGCUGUCGCCCAAGAUGGACCACCUGGUCUGUUUCAUGCCCGGCACCAUUGCGCUGGCGGCCACCGAGGGUCUCCCGCUGGCGGCGGCACGCAAGCAAGCGUGGUGGACGGCGCGCCACGACGCCGACAUGAAGCUGGCGCACGAGCUGACGCAGACCUGCUGGGGCAUGUACAAGUACAUGGCCACGGGCCUCGCCGCCGAGAUCACCCACUUCAAGAUUGCCGACCCGCCGCCGCCGUUCUCGGCGUCGCACCGCAUGCCGCCCGCGACGUUCGACACGGACCCCGACGCGCCCUGGCGCCUCGACUUUGAGGUCAAGCCGCUCGACCGCCACAACCUGCAGCGGCCCGAGACGGUCGAGAGCCUGUUCUACAUGUGGCGCAUCACGGGCGACGUCAUGUACCGCGAGUGGGGCUGGGAGAUGUUCAAGUCGUUUAUGAACUACACGGCGGUCGACGAGGGCGGCGGGUUCACGAGCCUGACCAAUGCCGACGCCGUCCCGCCCGUCGGCCGCGACAACAUGGAGAGCUUCUGGCUGGCGGAGACGCUCAAGUACUUUUACCUCUUGUUCUCGCCCAACGACGUGCUGCCGCUCGACAAGGUCGUCAUCAACACGGAGGCGCACCCCUUUCCGCGCUUCGACAUGGGCCCGCUCUUCCACACCGGCUGGAAGCGGAAGCCGGCCGGCGCCGCCAAGGUGUCGCCGCCUGUUUCAUAG